CAGACACGCGCUUGUCACAUUCUCUAGCUAACCCUGGGGGCAUUUGCUGCAAACUCUGCCCUGAGAUCCACGGGGAAUGGAGAACAGGAUUUACUGGUUUCACACUCGCUAAACCCAUCAUUACCAUAACCGCCUGCUGGAAUCCCAGUCACAGCUUCUGGACUCCCCCAGAUGCCAGCGAGGGACCCGGGCUACCUAACCUCCAAGCACCCCCCUCACUCACAGAUUGGUGGCUAUAAGAGAUGACUGUGGUUCUGUCCAUGAAUAGGUUCUGUAACCCUGUUGCUUCUGAAGGUACUCCUGAGAUCCCUGAUUAUCGGAGCGUCUGGGAGUCGGAGCAUCAGGGUAGAACAAGAAGCUUACCAAGCCAUAUCCAUGCCCAGCACCAGGAACACGGAUUAUGUGACUCACCUGCAGAAACACAUUACAGGGGAAAAUCAAAUCCAAUCACAACACCCAAGAUCACAUACUUUAAAAGGAAAUAUGUAGAAGAAGAGGAUUAUCACCCGCCGCUCGGCAGCUGUAGUCCUAAAAAUAUUUCCAUCUUUGAAGAGAGGGCCCAUGUACUCUACAUGUCCUUGGAGAAGCUAAAAUUCAUUGACGACCCCGAAGUGUUCCUGCGCCGAUCUGUCCUCAUCAACAAUCUGAUGAAAAGGAUCCAUGGGGAGAUUUUAUUGCAGAAUAAUUGGUGUUUCUCGGCUUGUUCUCUGGGAGGACCUUCGGCACAUGAAUGGUUUGUCCCUCAGGAUUGUCCAUACAGAAAACGCCUGCGGGUAGCCAAGGAAGAGACUCAUAGUCUACAGACCUGCUGCUUUUACCAAGACUGUGGCAGCCAUUAUCUAAACAUGCCUUUCUCUGUUACACCAAACGGAGGCAAUGCGGCUGCCUCUACCUCAUCUGGUAGCCUUACGUCUUUGCCCGGUUGCUCCCAAAGUGUGGAUUACAGUAUGGGCGAUGUUACAUUUUACCGGAACGGUGUCCAAAUGCCUUCGUGUGUUGGCACUGCGGCUCAUUCCAGACCCCAAGGACUUCAACAAAAGGCAAACGGAGACGAUGGAAACCCAGCAGACGAAAAGAGAGGUGGCCUUAGCUUUGGGUGCGAUGUCGCCAACGGAGGCAGCGCCCCGGAACAUCGAGGGAGAUUCUACGAUUUUUUAGCCACCGGUUGCAAUGACAAGAGCAGCGUUAGUGACCCGUGGAAAAAAUCUAUAAGGAAAAAAGAGUUGCCUGCACUUUGUUGCAGUAAAGGAAGCAAGGCUUGAGAGCGGCACUUAACAGAAAGAAAGUUAAGCGGAGUUUGUGUUGUCAGUAUAUGUGAGAUUCUGCAGUUUAAAGGGGUUUUGUAGUUUUAUAUGGUGAUUCUGAUCUAAUCCAGACAUUCCAACAGGGUAACGUUACGUAGACGUCGUCGAUCUUUUAACUAAGAACUAUUAGCUAAAAUUGAUUUUCUACAUUGCUCCUACGUGUAUUAUUCACAGAGGUGCCAAACAAGCGUGCGAUGAUUUCAAGUGGUGUUAACGUAACCAGAUCCAAACAACAAUGGCACCCGGCUUCUGUUAACUUAUUCUCAAUAUAAGCAAAUAUGUUUUUUUGUCCCCUUGUAAGGUUAAAGGUGUUUUGAUUGCAGAAGGCCUGUUAUUAAAUGUUUUUUCUCUUCUGUUGUAAA